AUGGCGGCGGUCCUGGCGGAGCGGAGCAGCCGCUCGGCUUAAUCGAUCAUUUUGUCUAAAUCACCGGGACAGAUCUGAUCGAAAUCGACCAAAUAUUUACGAUCUUUCCUAACCUCCCAUAGGAUAUCUUCCGUUAGAUCCUACCACAUUACACCUGGUGAUUUUUAACGGAAAAUGCUUCUACUCUAGUUUGUGUCUCGUUCAUUAACUGCACUCGGGAGAAUGGGAGAGAAGCUGGAGUUAAAGCUGAAGUCGCCGGUCGGAGCCGAAGCUGCAGGCUACCCGUGGCCUUUACCUGUAUAUGAUAAACACCAUGAUGCUGCACACGAAAUCAUUGAAACCAUUCGCUGGGUAUGUGAGGAGAUCCCAGAUCUUAAGCUGGCCAUGGAGAACUACGUACUUAUUGACUACGACACCAAGAGCUUUGAAAGUAUGCAGAGACUUUGUGACAAGUACAACAGAGCCAUUGACAGCAUUCACCAACUGUGGAAAGGGACCACCCAACCCAUGAAACUCAACAAGCGGCCUUCCAACGGCCUGCUGCGACAUAUCCUACAGCAGGUCUACAAUCACUCUGUUACUGACCCCGAGAAACUCAACAACUACGAACCCUUUUCUCCUGAGGUGUAUGGAGAGACGUCAUUCGACCUGGUGGCCCAGAUUAUUGAUGAAAUGGAGAUGAUGGAAGAAGACACCUUUGUGGAUCUGGGCAGUGGUGUUGGUCAAGUAGUCCUACAGGUGGCCGCAGCCACCAACUGUAAACACUACUAUGGUGUUGAGAAAGCAGACAUUCCAGCAACCUAUGCAGAGUCAAUGGACAAAGAGUUUAAAAGGUGGAUGAAGUGGUAUGGCAAAAAGCACGGCGAAUACACGCUGGAAAAGGGAGAUUUCCUCUCAGAAGAAUGGAAGGAACGAAUAGCCAACACAAGUGUUAUUUUUGUGAAUAACUUUGCCUUUGGUCCUGAGGUGGACCACCAGCUGAAGGAGCGAUUUGCUAACAUGAAGGAAGGUGGAAAAAUUGUAUCCUCAAAACCCUUUGCACCUCUUAACUUCCGAAUAAACAGUCGAAACUUGAGUGAUAUUGGCACAAUAAUGAGAGUUGUUGAGCUGUCGCCUUUAAGAGGAUCAGUGUCAUGGACGGGGAAGCCAGUGUCCUACUAUCUGCAUACAAUAGACCGCACCAUACUUGAAAACUAUUUUUCUAGUCUCAAAAAUCCUAAACUCAGGGAGGAGCAAGAGGCGUCCAGAAGACGUCUGCAGAAGGAUAGUAAGGAGAACAAGAGCAACACCACCACCCCAACCAAACCCAAGGAGCAAAAGCAGCCACAGAACGAAUCAGGUGGUGAAGAGGAGUGCCUCAACUCCAUUGCUCCCGUGAAGCCGUCGCCCAAACCCCGCCGUGCUAAAUUGCUAUCCAGGGGCCGCAAGAUGGGCAGCAGGAAGCGUGGGCGACCCAAAAAGGCGGCUGCUGCCACUGCAGCAGAACGCAAGAACAAGCAGAGCCAGAGUGCCCUGGAUCUGCUGCACGCCAAGACCCUUUUAGCGGCGCCCCCUCAGGAUGUAUACAGGUCACCUCAGAGUCCAUUCUAUCCGCUACCUCCCAAAGUGGAACAUUAUACAUCAAGCCAGCUUCUCCUGGGCCCGACUCCACCAGGUCUGCAGACUUUGCUUGAUAACAUAAAAGUCCAAUACCUGCAGUUCAUGGCCUACAUUAAAACGCCGCAAUACCAAACAAACCUGCAGCAAGCUCUUGAGCAGGAGAAGAUUAGACACACAGAACUGUCAGGUCAAGCCCAACAGCUGCUCAGCGCCUGUCACACACACAAAGAGAGGAUCAGAGACCUGUUCCAGUUUAAAUUGGAGGAGCUGGGUGUGAAGGCGGUGACAGCAGAGGAUCUGGUGCAAGCUCAGAAGGAGAUCACAUCCCACAACAUGCAGCUGAGAGAGCAAACCAAACAACUGGAGAGAGACAUGGCUGAACUUCGCGAUCAGAGUCUGGUGCUGUUGAAGGCUCGAUGCGAGGAGCUUAAGCUUGACUGGGGAUCUUUAUGUUUGGAAACUCUGUUGAAAGAGAAAGCGGCUCUGCGAAAACAAAUUUCUGAGAAACAGCGCCACUGUCUGGAGCUUCAGAUUAGUAUUGUGGAGCUUGAGAAGAGCCAAAGACAACAAGAACUGCUGCAGCUCAAGUCAUCAUACAGCCCAUGUGAGGUCUCCCCCUACCGAAAAGCCCUGCCUGGCCCAGAGCACCGCCCCACACUGGACCAUUACACCCCUAAAGUCACCCCACAACCCUCUGCAGGACUCAAUGGCCUUAGCCCUGAGCUGUCCAUGAACGGCACUGCCUCGCCCGGCUACGAGAGAUGUGGUGGUGCUGGAAUAGGAAAAAAUGAGCUUCUGAUCCGCUACUUGCCCAUUUCACCCGACCACGAGAUCGUGCCACCCACCCCGGACUCCAGAACCAGGCAGCUAGGGCAGCCCUUACCCGACUACACCCGCUUUUCACCAGCCAAGAUCGCCCUCCGCAGGCACCUCAACCAAGAUUCUGCUGCCAAUCAUUUUAGAGCCCUGGGGAACAUCCACCGGGGGGACAUUGGUGUGGUAUCGUCACCAACUCUGGGAUUAAAACAGGCUUGCCCUUCACCACACUUAUCUGAUAUUCAACAGACCACCACCCUCAAGAGCACAGAUAGGGCAGAUAAGGAGAAGAGUACGGCUGCUCCAGGUGACACUAUAACCAGUCUGCCAAUCAGCAUCCCCCUUAGCACUGUGCAUCCCUGCAAACUUCCUGUCAGCAUCCCGCUGGCCAGUGUGGUGCUACCCAACCGCGCAGAGAGACUGAUGAACACUCCUAGUCCAGUGUCAAAUCGUGAACCAUCAGUAGGACAGACCAAUGGCAAACCACCUCUCACGCCUACCUCAGGGUACUCCUCCAGCUCAGGGUUGGUGAACGGCUGCCACUCUGCUAUGCUGACGGAAGAACAAGACUGCAACGCCACCUCCCCUCCCCCUCACAGCACUCCCGUCAUGGGCCUUCAGCCUCGUGGCUCUGGCCUCAGUCCUCCCCUGGGCACCGGUGGUGUCCUCCAGUACGCCGAUGGUCCACCGAGACUCCCACCUGAGGGCGGUCACGAUCGUCAGGGCCCAGAGUCCGACCCGGAGCCCCUGGAUAGUGAGGCCCGCCGCCGUAUCUUUUUCUCUUCCUCCUCUUCUUCCUCUUCCUCCUCCUCCAAUGGAGGUUUCAGACUGAAUGGGUCAGGAAAGUUGGGCCAGCAUCACCACAGUAAGCAUCAUCAUCAUCACUCUCCAGCAUCACAUGGGCAAGAGGGACGCAAACGAGGCCGGCGGAAGCGCAGCUCUUCAGGGACAAUGCCCAACAGCGGCUCCACCAAGAGGAGGCCGUUUCCUGGGCUGGUCUGCCCCAGCCAUUCUUCUGGAUCUCCGCUUAAUAUCAAUUCUAUGGUGAACAAUAUUAACCAGCCUUUGGAGAUCUCUGCCAUCUCUUCUCCGGAGCAGACAGGCCGCAGCCCUGGUGGGCAAGAUCUGAAUCAGCCACCGGUGCUUAAAAGAGAGCGCCCCCUGGAGCUCAACAAUACAGGCCACUAUUCCUUCACUCCCAGUUCAGAUGAGGAGGGCAACAAUUUUGCCCCAGACACCUCCAAUUCAGCACGAAUUGAAAGGAAAAUUGCCACCAUGUCUUUUGACAAAGAUGGACCAAUCAGAGAUGUGGAAAGGGGCUCACAAGGGCGGAAAUCAGGUGCCAGCAGCGUGAGCAGUGAGGUCUCCUCUUCCUCUGGUGCUAGCAAAUGGAAAUCUACCUUCUCCCCCAUCUCUGACCCCAAACCCACCCCUUCAGACCUCCGUCAGGUUGAUUUGCCUUUCGGUGUGGGGGCUUCACGUGGGACUGGAGGGGGAACGGACUCCGACUCAGACCAGAAACAGCAGAGGAGAGGAGAACGGGAACGUGAUUCUUACGGGAACUCGAACCUCUUCCUCAGUCAGGAUGGUGGUGGUCGCUCAGUGGGAAACGUCUCGGAACGACCACCACAGAAACAGAAAGCGUGUGAGUGGGACCUGAAAUCUGUGAGUGGAUUGGCCAGCCAGAACCUCUUUAUAUCCGCAGCAGCCAGUGGAGGCAUCUUGAGUGGAAAGGUGGGCGGGGCAACCACAGUUUCCUCGGCCACCUCUUUGGGACAGUACUUCCCCUUGGGUGGGGCAUCGGUCCUGCAGUCCUUAUUUGGAGCUCAGGCACCCGGACCAGUGUCCAGCGGAGCCCCGCGAUUGGUCAAUGGACAUUCAGGGCUGGGCAGCUAUUCCAGCGUGGGAUUGGCAGGGGGCACUGCAGGAGGGAUUUUUCACCACUUUGUGCCUUCAGUCUCCUCUCAGCAGUCUGGGGGCAAUCUCCCAGGCCCUGGGGCCCUCAGUUCCCAGCAGCAGAGACAUCUGGACACUAACCCUAAACCCGGGGCCUCGUUUGUGCCUUCGGGCCCCUCCCAGCACAGCCGCACACUGACAGUCCUGCACGCUCCCUCCCUGCCCACCCACACCCUCCCCCCUCCUCUACUCAAUGCUGCCUCCUCCACCCCUCCCCAAUCCUCCUCCCCACGUUCUGAGCGCUACCAGUCCUCGAGGACACAGUCCUCCCUUCCCACAUCCACCAUCGCCACCUCCUCCCAGUCACAGGCUGCCGCUUCUGCAACCGCUGCUUCAGUCACCACCACCUCUGCAUCCUUGUGGCCCUUUACAGUGCAUUAUCCCACACACUUGCCGCCUCCACAUCCCUCCAGCAGUGCUGGAUCAGGUGGGGGUGGGGCUUUGAGCUCCUGGAGGACUCUGGGUCUGCCGGCAUCUUAUACUGCCUCCCAGAUCCCCAGCAAUCGCCCCAGAUAGGACAAGGGUGGGUGUAAGUGGGAGGGGGGGUGGAGGGGUUGAUGUGGGGAUACUGAAAUGGGAAGAGACUAUUACUGGAUGGAUACAGGGAAGCUACUGCAUUCUACUUGCUGUAUUAUUAUCAAUCUGAACAAGGUAACUGAAGAAAUCUACCUCAACCCAACAUUACCUAUGCAAUGGACAGGUGUGGACCAAUGGGUUUAAACUCUCUCACCGGUGCUCAAACAUUUGCUAAAGCCGCUACUGUUAAACUGGCAUGGGUAUCAGAAUAUUACCACAGGUGCAGCUUAUAAAAUACACACACAAACACUUACUCAUGAAUGCCCCCUCAAUCAUAUUCAGAUUUACAGAUUUUGCCGCUAUGUUUUUGGUGUGUUUUAAGUUGACACCAUGAUGGAAUGAUGCUAACAGUCAUGAUUUAUUGUUAAUUGUGUGUUUAGCAUGGCCUUAAUGAUGGGUAGUUAACAUGAAGUAAAUUGUUUUUGAAGAAAUGAAAUUAAAAUUUGCUGUGGAUCCACAGUGGAAGAAGCUCUAAGUGACUUAGAAGUGUUGUUCAAGCCAUUAUGGGCCAUGCACACAAAAAACGACUAGUGAAUCUUCAUAACCUUGCUGCUGUCAAUAGAAAGAAAUGUGGCUUUUAUGAUUGAUAGCUCCUAAUUGUUUGGACUUUUUUAAAGCCCUGACUCUAGAGCCUGAUCCAGUUGUCGAAUAUCCAUGUAGGGAUCUUACACUUACAGCCUGAGCUUGUGCUAAAGAGUCACAAAAUACUAGAAAGUCUCUGGGGUUACACAUUUGAUACUUCUAGUCACAUUUUCAACAAUAAAUCUGUUUAAUAGAAUAAUAGUCAUUCUGGAAUUGGUGCAUUUUAAAGGGUUCACCGAAAAAUGAAAAUGUAGCAUUGUUUUACUCACCUCUGUGUCAUUUCAAAAUGAUAAUUUACUUUCUUCAGUGGAACACAAAAGAUGUUUUAAAGAAUAUUCGACUGCUUUUUUCCAGUCAGCAAAAGUGUAUGGUCACACAAAGCUAUCGUAUGGCUUCUGAAUACUAUGAAUGUUUGCAUAAGUCUUAUGGACUGUAAUUAUAUUUACUGGUGCUUUUUGUGUCAUUUUAGGAGCUCCACAGUUCCAAUUCACUUUCAUUAUUUGAAGGAAGAAAAAAAAAAAGAACAACAUUUCUCCUUUUGUGUUCCACGUAAAAAAGACUUACAGGUUUGAAACAAGGGUGAAUAAAUAAGGAAAAAAAUUAAUUUUGGGGGUUGAACUCCCCCAAAACAGUUUUAACAGUGCUCCAUAGGAAGUUUUUAUUUAUUUAUUUUGUAUUUUGAGGUGAAAUAUGUUGGUAACCCAGAGCUCAAUUUACUUUACACUGGAAAAGUUACCUGUGGAGCUAUCAAUGGCAUACAUAACCACAUAUGCCGUUUUUAAGGCUUAAAAUAUGCAAGUUUUGUUUAUCAAAGGGAAUAAUGUUAGUUUUUUUUACACGCAUAUAAAUUCUGUGAAAUCCUAAAAGCUCGAACAAGGACGAAACAGACACAUGUGCAUCUGCCCAGGAAUACAUGACGAUGAAACAACAUUUUGCAGGGAGAAAAUAAUUUAGAGCCACAGAGUGAGCAAGUACCUGUAAGAAACUAUUAAAUUAGUAACUUUUAAACUGCCUGAUCUUAAUCACUACAUUAACCGCAACUUUAGGUGUUUUGGUUCGGUUAAGAGCGAUUAAUACUCAAGUUUCCAUAUUGUUAACAGUUACUGCUAACGCACAUAUUUUGUUCAAUUGUGGCAGUGUCUUACACGGUACAGGCAUAUUCAGGUGAAUUGUUAUGCUGAACCAUUUUCCCCUCGCAUGUUUCACAAACAACACGUUUUCUUUGGGAUUUUCAAGUCCACUAGUUUAUACUAAUUUUCACUUUGGUGCUUUCCGCAACCUGGAAAAGCCAGCACACGUGUACACACACACACACACACACACACACACACUGAUAAAAAGACACUGGGAAAUGCAGAAUAAAUAUGAAAACAAUGAAAGAAAAAACUACUGGGCAACUUUAACUCAUCUUUGUUUUAUGUUUGAUGCCUUUGUGUAUUUUUUUUUUGUUUUUUUUUUUGUGUGUACUGUGAAUGGUAGUGUCUUUCAGACUGUAUAAUUGUACAUAAUUUGGUAUAUUUAUCAUUUUAAAUAUCUGUCAUUGUUUUGUUUUGUAUCGGAGCGGAGCACAACAUGUGCAAAAUGUGUGUACUUGACUCACAGUCUGAACGAUAUGGUGCUACAAUCUGUACAACUUUAGACUGUGCUUAUUUAUAUUAAGAACAUCAACACAAAAGAAAAUCAAUAAAGAUUCUUGGUGCUUCUUUUAAACAGGGAUGAUUUCAAGCCUUCCGGCAUUUCUUUUUCCAAUAUUUGCAAGCAUAUUAUUUGGCACCCAGCAUAAAGGAGUCCCUGCUUGUUUGGAUAGUGCCAAUUUUGUAUAGGCAAAACAACUUUGGUCUUAAUAUAACAGACUUAUAGAAGAAUGGAAUUUCACCACACAUUGCAGAACUUUAUAGGAGGUUGAUAAAAUAUUUUUUUUAAAUGAAAUGUUUACUUCAGUGGUGCUCGCAUUCGAUCUUGACCUGUAAUGCUUAGAGCUACUAUAAUGGCACACCUCGACUGUUUUAGCCUGUAUAAAGUGGUAAACGUGUGCCAAUGGCGUUGAGUUUAUUUCUUCUUAACUUUAAUUGUUAUAAAAAUGAAAAUGUGUGCUAAGCCUAUUUGCCUACUUUGGCUUGGUGCUGUCACUUAAGCUCUGAAAUCUUCGUUUCUUACAAUGUAAUAAACACAUCUACAUCUUACUAAAAUUGGUGCUGUUGUUCACACAAAUGUCUAACAUGCCAGUGCGCCCAUACCAAAAUCUACAAUCCACUAUCAAAGCCUGUCCUAGAGAGCAUUGUGUAACCUAGAGUUUGAGCCUGUUGCAUAUUGUGAUGAAGUGAAGUUGUUCUGAUGUGACUUCUCUUUAGAGAUGUGGCUAGUUUUCCAUCGGUGGUUAGUAAUAGUGGUCGACCGUUAUGGGUUUUUUAAAUGAGCAGUACUAAUUAUGAGAGAUCUGGCUGCCAAUAUAUGCUAUAAUUCUGAUAUAUGCAUAAUACAAUUUAAUGAUCACAAUUGCCUCAAUGAAACAAACUUUUUGAAACAAAUUUUGCAAAUUUAUGCAAAAUUCCCUGGAAAAAUAGUGAGAACAUUUAUCCAUUGACAAGGCUGUUUUGUCUUUGGCUAUUUUGAAAUUGACACUAGUGGUCAAGUGAUAUAUCGGCGAAGCCGAUAAAUCGGCCGAUAUUCUGACUUCCGAUAAAUUCUCCUGUUUGGACGAUUUUUUUCUUGAGGGUGCCGAAAAUCGCCUGCUUGCAUGUGAAGCAACUGAGACAUAUAAACGACCAGUAAAAUUUUGUUUUGUUGUUACAUGCCAUCAUGUUACUACAAUAAUAGACCGUGUGCAGCAUAGUGUAAUUUCAACGGUCCGCAUCUGCAAAUAUGAACAUAUCUGAUUUAAACAGAUGUAAUAAACCAACCUCACACAACUUCAGCAGAUCCUGCAAACUGGAGUGCUCAUUUAUUUACCUCUAAAGCAAGUAUUCUAACAGCCAUUUCUCUGCAGUUCCCUGUCACCUUUAACUUUCUUAUUAUAUACCUUUAUUAUAUUAUAUACCAAAUAUGCACAUAUCUCGUUUAAACGGAUGUAAUUCACAAACCUCAUGUCUUAUUUACUAUCACUGUAUGUACAAUUGGUUUGAUUUGGUAUUUUUUUUAGUAAAUGCGAUUGCUAAUGUGGCCAUGCAUCCAUGUUUGCUGGACUACUGUGUGUACUGUUAUUUCCUUAUCCUAAUAUAUUAACAAUUUCUUCAUGCACAAAUACAUUUUAUAACUAAACUGAAAUGAGCAGAAACUGCUAUCUACCAUUUUAAAGUACAAUAUUAUUUUUUUAGAUUCUUUUUUCAAAGUUUUGUGUAAAAUGUAGUUAAUAUAGUGCUAAAUAAGAGUUUACAGUUUUUUUUAGCAAUUUUAUGUUUGUUAUUUACUAUAUUAAAUGAUUUGAUAUAUCAGCAUUGUAUCGGCCACUCUGCUCUCUGAAUUCGGCAUCGGGCAUUAAAAAAAAAAUAAACCCAUAUCGGUUGUCCACUAAUUGACACUUGUGGUAAUUAGCCUAAAAUGUCCAAAUAUCCUGUCUGGCAUAUCGUUCUAUCACUGGCUAGUACUCCGAUGUCAAAAUGGUAAUUGGCUUGCGAUAUUGCCAGCUUGAAGACAAAGUGGAAUUCCUUAGUCCUUUUUCUUCAUAGUGUUAUUUUUGCUCAAAUAUGUGCUCAUGGAAAAUCAACCUAAUCUAAGCUUUACAGUCAGAAUGCUGUUUAAUAGACAACGCUGUAUAAUGAAAUAAAAACACAUUGUGUAAUUUCUGUCUAAGUAAAGAUGAUCGAGGACAUUGACCAGUAAAUGAGUCCAUUGUUACCAGCACUGAGGGUCUUUUUAUUUUAUUUUUUUAAAUUAGUAUAAUUAAUAGUCACUGUUAAUGUUUCCUUUUUGCUAAUUUGUGUUUUGAUAUCUUUGCGACUGUUUAUGAUUUUGUAAUCCUGACAGUUUGUAUACCCGUUUGAACAGUAAGGUGCUAUCCUUCACUUUAAAAAAGAAAAAUGCAGCUAAAAAAUUCAUGCACCUCGCAUCGCGCUAGCCAGAGGUAAACAUUUAAUAAACAUAAACGCAAGCUUUGCUUGUUAUACUUAUUGUAACGUCUCUUUCGAACUCUUGUCCAUCAUCCAGACAUCUCAUGUUGGAGUGGAAUAAAAUUAAGCUAUUCUUGAAAUUGAUUUUGAACUAUUUAAAAUGAAAACAAUUCAUAAUUCUUGCUGAUGUUGCAUUUUCUCAGGUAUAUGUACAAGGUUAGAUGUGCAUUGCAAAAGGCAACUCAAGUCCUUUGGCAUGUUUCAAUAGAUUAAUGAUUAUGUCCAAAUAUAAAUAUGUACAUUCAGAAUGGUUCUGUCUAAUAUCUCAGGAACAUAAGAGUUGCAUAUUGGAAGGGAAUGUUAAAAAAUAUUGUCUGUAUUCCUCUAGCUAACAUAUAUAAAUGAGAAUUGAUGGGAAUGCCCUAAGGAGUUUGCUUUACUGUGCAUUAUUUACCUGUGAUCGCAAUGUCCACUGAUAGUAUAGCCUAUUACUAUCUUUCAGUCACAAUGCUCCAAUCAAAGUCCAUCCUUUUUAAGUAAAAAAAAAAAAUGCUUAUAUUGCUCAAAGCCUUUAUAAUACUUGCAUUCCUAUUUUUUAGUGAAUCUCAAAUUAUAUUUUUUAGCUGUUUAGCAAAACCAUCAUAGGAUUAUUGUGCAAUAAUAGCAAACUCUUAAAGCUGCCAGAUUUGUGUAACUGUGUUUGGUGCUUUGAUCUCAUAAGAGUUCAAAUGACAGCCUAAAUGAGUUGAUUAAAGCUUUUAAAAUCCCAGCUUUCUGUUAAUGAAAUAAAGUGUUCCUAACGAAAAGCUCUAUUUGAUUCAUUUUUUCAUUGUUACUGUACUAUAAUGAAUAAAGAUUAUUGUCGGAGUGUGAAGGGGUGCUGUAAUGGUUCAACAGAGAACCACUUGAAAACCAAUUUAAAAAUGGUAGUAAUGUUCAAAUCUAAUGAACUUCAAUUGGCGCAAAACUUCACUGAGUCACUGAUACUAUUUGGAUAAUUCAAUUUGAAAGAAAUGUAAUGAGAUGUUAUUUUAAUAAUGAUCAUUGAGGUCAUUUGGACCCCCUUGCAACAACAUCAAAUAAACA